AUGAGCAACUGCAAUGUAUGCAAGCUGCGGAAGGCGCGGCCUACGCAGCCAGAGAUGGGUCCCCUGCCAGAGGACCGGCUGGAAGCCAACGGAUGGCCAUUUAAGUAUACCGGCCUGGACUAUUUUGGACCGCUAUUUGUGACUGUUGGACGUCACACAGAGAAAAGGUGGGUGGCAUUGUUUACGUGUCUAACCACAAGGGCUAUCCACUUGGAGAUGGCCCACGAUUUGUCUACAGAUUCCUGUAUAAUCGCCAUGAGGAACUUCAUGAGCCGCCGUGGACCGGUGGUCAGGAUAAGGAGCGACAACGGGAAGAACUUCGUUGGAGCCGACAGAGAGGCCAGGAAGUUCAGCGAAGUGUUUGAGCCUGCAAAGAUCCAGGGCGAGCUGUCGUCCAAAGGAAUCGAAUGGAUCUUCAAUUGCCCGGCGAACCCAGCUGAGGGAGGCGCCUGGGAAAGGAUGGUGCAGUGCGUGAAGAAGGUGCUGGCGCACACAAUGAAGGAGCUCGCGCCCAAGGAGCACGUACUGGAGAACCUGUUGAUUGAGGCGGAGAGUAUAGUGAACUCUCGUCCGCUCACUCAUCUACCAGUGACGGUGGACCAGGAGGCUCCACUGACACCCAACGAUCUGCUGAAAGGAGUACCCGAUGUUCCGGAUCUUCCCAAGGAUAAUGGACAGGAGUCCAACGGAUGCCGCUACCAGGAAGCAGUGGCGCAUAGCGAGAAUGAUGCGGGGAUCGAUUCUGGAAGAGAUGGGUGCAUGAGUACCUGCCAACGCUUGUGCGCAGGGGAGAGAUGGUGCAAGCAUGUCGAGCCCAUUCGUCGAGGAGACCUGGUGUUCAUAUGUGAUCCGGCCAUACCACGAAGAGAGUGGAAGCGAGGCGUCGUGGAAGAGGUGUUCACCGGAAGAGAUGGAAUCCCUCGUCGAGCGGCGGUGCGGACUAACGAUCGAGCCAAGACGAUGAUGCGUCCCGCUUCGAGGCUAGCUGUCCUGGACGUGGUGAAGGCGAGUGCUUCACGGGG